AUGGACGGAGCGCUGAAAGGCGGAGCAGCUUGUGGCCGACGCAAGAUGCAGGCCAUUUGUCCACGCCUUAUCACACAGCAUUCCGCUCCUCCUACCUACUAUAAUGGGGGACCUCCAAUGCCUCCUCCAAUGAAGCGUCCACCGAUGCCGCCUCAACCGCCACCAAAAGUGUUCUUCGCUCCGCAGAAGUACGGAUUUUUUACGGCGAACAACGUAGAGCAGCGAUGGAGAGAUGAUCCCGACAAAGAGAAAAAAUCUCAGGCAGAUGAUAUAAUCGCAAAUGUUACAGAAAAAUUCUUCCCUGGAGCCAAAAGAGCCGCUGAGCAAGGUCCACACCGUUUCCCCCUGUUCAUGCCGGCCGCCAGGGCUUUGAAUAUUCUCGAACCUCUAAUCUGCUAUUCUCGACGUGUCGGCAGCGACAAUAUCUCUACAAAAUUCUUAAUUCGAAAUGGAGUUGAGGAUGCGAAGAGAAUCAAAUUCAAUGACGAGGAUAGCGAUGAGAAUGAGCUGUUCGCAAAACUGCUCUACAAAAAGUUGAAGUCAAUUGCAAGCCGCAAACGUCUGGAAAUUUUGCAUGUGUCCAUUAUGGAAAUGGUGAGACAGGCUCAAGAAGAAGAUGAAAGAGAAAGGGGUGUGCUAUGUAGUGUCAUCUCAUCAAUGAAAGUGUUGUCGCAGAGCAAGUUGUUUUGUCUGAUUAAAAGUAAGAAAGGGUCGGGCGGGUUAUUGCAGAGACCGAUGACCGCAAUCGAUGAGAUGAAGGAAUAUGAUACACGCGAGGCAAUACUUCAGAGAGUGCGCGCACUAGGCUUCAAUGCUAUUCAAUACUAUAUUCCAUGGAAUUUUCAUGAAAUCUAUGAGGGAAAGUAUAAUUUCUCGGGCAUGCGUAAUUUUACCGAGUUCUCCCGCAUCGCCUACGAACUAGGAAUGUAUUCGUUGGUAAGAGUAGGACCGUACGUUUGCGGUGAAUGGGAGAACGGUGGAUUGCCAUGGUGGUUGCUAAAUAAGAAUAUAACGGAUAUGAGGACUAGCGAAAGCGGAUUCAAAAAAGCCGUUGAUAAAUGGUACUCUGUUCUUCUGCCACUGAUCAAGCCCUUGAUGCGGCACAACGGUGGCCCAGUUUUAAUGCUUCAAGUAGAAAACGAGUACGGUAGCUACAAGGCUUGUGACAGGGACUACACAAAAUGGUUACGAGACCGAAUAUGGUACUAUGUGGGAAAAGAGUCUGUGCUUUACACGACGACUAUUCGAAUGCAAAUUACUGGUUAUUUACAGCUGAUGGUAACUAUUUGGCGGAUCUCAAAUGUGGUUCUGUUCCGUUACACUCUCACUACGGUUGAUUUCGGCCCGACGUCAAAUGAGAACAUUAACAACUCGUUUCAUUCUGCAACGAAAAUUCCUUCCGAACGGUCAUGGUCCUCUGGUAAAUUCGGAAUUCUAUCCGGGAUGGCUGGUGCUAUGGGGCCAAACGAAGGCCACCACUCCCUCUCCAGACGAUAUUGUAAAGUCAGCAAAAUGUGA